AUGUGGUCCCAAGUUUAUCUCACUUCACUGAAGUUUUUAAGGGAUUCUCUCUUCAACCCGAACAAAGAUCAGCAAGCUUGCAUAGCUGCGAGGUCGGACGGCGAUGCUGCGCCGACACGAAAACAACCGCCUCGCAACGCGAAAAAACAUGUACGGUACUCGGAGAAUGUAGACGUCAUUCCAAGCUUCUUUUUCAAUGUUUCGAAUGCUCUGCUUAUCCUAGCCAUAACGUUAGUGACUUUUGAGCUCGUAACUCCUUCGAAGGCUUCGGAACUCCCUACGAAAGCUGCUCCCAUCAACGUUUUGUGCGUUAAAGGUGGGAUAUUCAUUCGUAACCUGAACCCUUUCUCCGACAUUCAAGCCUGUGCGCAAAAUCACUGUAUCGAAACGCGAAUCUUUGACGACGAGACCACGAUAAUGUUCCCAGCAAGCGUGUGUUUACAUGCCUAUGACGUUCGCGUUAAAGCUAGCUUCGAACAUGAGAAUAUCAUCAUAUCUCGAACAUGCCCGCCCAGUCCUUUCUGCGAGAUGAUCGACUGCAACUUCUGCGCUCUCUGA